CUAUUUUGAAAGUUAGAUGACAAAUCGCGGUCCAACCACUUGGUUUGAUAGUAUAGGUAACUUAAGAACUGAAUGCCCUGCUAAGGAAAAUAAACGACUUCGAAAAAAUGUGAGGGUCUCAGCAUGUCGUCGCCUUGAAGAUUCACAUAGUGAGUUCACGGUAGAGGACGUUCAUUCAGACGGGGACUACAGAAAUUCUGUCUCGCAUCUCCUAUCAAUAAACUUUGGCCUUGACGAGAGGAAUGAAGGUGAAGUUCAUGUGUUUUAUGAUUCAUGCUCCACAACACUUCUUGGUUCAAUGGCUUUAGAGGAGUGAAUAUAAAUCAUUACGUCUUCUUGGUAGAUCCGGCUUCUGUGUGUAUAUUAUGUUCAGAUAAACCAACUAUAAUCCACACAGCCUACUUUUAGGAAACCUUUUGAUUGUAUUUGCUAUAAAUAACUUCGUUUGGUGUUUCACAUAUCACUUUGUAUGUUUGUAUUGCAAAUAUAGUUUAUGGAUGAUGUUGCGG